AGUGCUGCCCACUUGCUCUCCGCUGGACUUCCACUGUGACAACGGGAAGUGUAUCCGCCGCUCCUGGGUGUGUGACGGGGACAACGACUGUGAGGACGACUCUGACGAGCAGGACUGUCCCCCCAGGGAGUGUGAGGAGGAUGAGUUCCACUGUCAGAACGGCUACUGCAUCCGCAGCCUGUGGCACUGUGACGGAGACAACGACUGUGGAGACAACAGUGAUGAGCAGUGUGACAUGAGGAAGUGUUCAGAUAAGGAGUUCCGCUGUACGGACGGCAGUUGCAUCGCUGAGCACUGGUACUGUGACGGAGACACUGACUGCAAGGACGGCUCAGACGAGGAGCACUGCCCGUCUGACGUGCUGACAGCCACCUGCAGUGUGGAGGAGUUCCAGUGUGCGUACGGGCGCUGCAUCCUGGACAUCUACCACUGUGACGGAGAUGAUGACUGUGGAGACUGGUCUGACGAAUCUGACUGCUCCUCCCACCAGCCGUGCAGAUCAGUAGAGUUCAUGUGUGGCAGUGGGAUGUGCAUCAACGCAGGCUGGAGGUGCGACGGGGAGGCCGACUGUGAUGACCGAUCAGACGAGAAGAACUGCACCAGCUCCAUGUGCACGGCUGACCAGUUCCGCUGUGCGUCCGGGCGCUGCGUGCGGUUGUCAUGGAGAUGCGAUGGCGAGGAUGACUGUACCGACCGCAGUGACGAGGACAGCUGUGAGAGGACAGACUCGCCUCCCUGUGCCCCGGACCAGUUCCUGUGUGGGAACGGGCGCUGCAUCGGCCUGAGGAAGGUGUGUAACGAGGUCAACGACUGUGGAGACGGCUCGGACGAGACGCCACACCAAGACUGCCGUCCGCGCUCCAGCGAGGGGGACUGUAACCUAGGUAACGGGGGGUGCUCUCAGAAGUGUCAGAUGGUCCGAGGACAGGUCACCUGCACCUGCCACACCGGGUACCGACUCAGCGAUGACGCCCAUGCCUGCCAAGAUGUGGAUGAGUGUGCUGAGGAAGGCUACUGCAGCCAGGGCUGUACCAACACAGAGGGGGGGUUCCAGUGCUGGUGUGUGCAAGGCUACGAACUGAGACCAGACAAGAGAAGCUGCAAGGCUCUGGGUCCAGAGCCGGUCUUGCUGUUUGCUAACAGGAUAGACAUCCGGCAGGUUCUUCCCCACCGGUCAGAGUACACCCUCCUCCUGAACAACCUGGAGAACGCCAUCGCCCUGGACUUCCACCACCAGCUGGAGCUGGUGUUCUGGUCCGACGUCACGCUGGACCGCAUCCUGAAGGCCAACCUCAACGGCUCCAACGUAGAGGAGGUGGUGUCUACUGGUCUGGAGAGCCCUGGUGGCCUGGCGAUAGACUGGAUCCAUGACAAGCUGUUUUGGACAGACUCUGGCACCUCCCGCAUCGAGGUCUCCAACCUGGACGGAACCCACCGGAAGGUUCUGCUGUGGCAGAGCAUGGAGAAGCCCCGCGCCAUCGCCCUGCAUCCCAUGGAGGGUAAGAUCUACUGGACAGACUGGGGGAACACCCCUCGUAUUGAGUAUGCCAACAUGGACGGUUCGAACCGUCGCAUUAUCGCCGACACCCACCUGUUCUGGCCCAACGGCCUGACCAUCGACUACGCCGGCCACCGCAUGUACUGGGUGGACGCCAAGCACCAUGUGAUCGAGAGGGCCGACCUGGACGGACGCAACCGCAAGGCUGUCAUCAGUCAGGGCCUCCCUCACCCCUUUGCCAUCACUGUGUUUGAGGACAGUCUGUACUGGACUGACUGGCACACCAAGAGCAUCAACAGUGCCAACAAGUUCACAGGGAAGAACCAGGAGAUGAUCCGCAACAAGCUGCACUUCCCCAUGGACAUCCACACCCUGCACCCUCAGAGACAGCCCGCAGGUGGGCGGAGUCGCUGUGGGACCAAUAACGGAGGCUGCAGCCACCUGUGUCUCCCUAGCAACAAGACCUUCACCUGCGCCUGUCCGACUGGCUUCAACAAGGUGGACCAGCUCACCUGUGCCUCCAGUCUUGACAAGUUCCUGCUUUUUGCCCGAAGGACGGACAUCCGUCGAGUCAGUUACGACACCGACGACAUGUCGGACGACGUCAUCCCUCUGGCGGACGUCCGCAACGCCGUGGCGCUGGACUGGGACUCCGCCGGGGGCUACAUCUACUGGACAGACGUCACUACUGACUCCAUCAACCGCGCCCAAUGGGACGGCUCAAAGCAGGAGGUGGUGGUGGACACCAGUCUGGAAAGCCCUGCAGGUCUAGCUAUAGACUGGGUGACUAACAAGCUAUACUGGACUGAUGCAGGCACGGAUCGUAUCGAGGUGUCCUGCGCUGACGGCAGCAUGCGCACGGUUCUGAUCUGGGAGAACCUGGACCGACCCAGAGACAUUGUGGUGGACCCUGUAGGAGGCCUCCUGUACUGGACUGACUGGGGCUCCAGUCCUAAGAUCGAGCGUGCUGGGAUGGACUCCUCUGGUCGCCUGGUCAUCGUCUCCACCAACCUCACCUGGCCCAACGGCCUGGCCAUCGACUACGAGACCCAGCGCCUCUACUGGGCCGACGCCGGCACCAAGACCAUCGAGUACGGGAACUUUGACGGCUCCGACAGACAGGUGUUGAUUGGCAGCCAGCUGCCCCACCCCUUCGGGCUGACCCUGCAUGAGGACCAGCUGUUCUGGACAGACUGGCAGACCAAGAGCAUCCAGCAGGCCCACAAGCUGACAGGGCAGGGCCGGCGCACGCUGGCCGAGAACCUGGAGAACCUCAUGGACAUCCACAUGUUCCACCGCCACCGGCCCUCAGUGCGUAACGCGUGCUCAGUGAAUAAUGGAGGGUGCAGCCACUUGUGUCUUCUGGCCCCGCCUCCUCGAGGCUUCAGCUGCGCCUGUCCCACUGGCAUCACGCUGAUGCCCGACGCUCACACCUGCAGCCCCGGGAUGAGGAGCUUCCUGAUCUUCGCCAGAAGGACAGACAUCAGGAUGGUGUCUCUGGACAUCCCCUACUACGCCGACGUGGUUCUGGCCAUCAACAGCUCCAUGAAGAACACCAUCGCCAUCGGAGUCGACCCUCAAGAAGGUAAAGUGUACUGGUCUGACAGCACGCUGAAGAAAGUGAGCAGAGCCAACAUCAACGGAACAGAACAUGAAGACAUUAUCCACACAGGUCUGCUGACUACAGACGGGCUAGCGGUGGACGCCGUGGGGAGGAAGAUCUACUGGACCGACACCGGCACCAACCGCAUCGAGGUGGCCAACCUGGACGGAAGCAUGCGGAAGGUUCUGAUCUGGCAGAACCUGGACAGCCCCCGGGCCAUCGCCCUCUACCACGAGACGGGCUACAUGUACUGGACUGACUGGGGGGAGAGCCCUAAGCUGGAGCGCUCUGCCAUGGACGGCUCGGCUCGCCUGGUUCUGAUCAGCAGCAACCUGGGCUGGCCCAACGGCCUCGCCAUCGACCCUGACGGGAGUCAGCUGCUCUGGGCAGACGCACACACAGAG